UAUGCCGACAGUCUGGUCACGCCGUCGCGGCGCGUCUCUGUUUGAAAGCCGAGCGACGACGAGCUGACGCACGGCAGCAACCGAACAAUAACAUCGACGCCAUCGACGGACUCUUUGGUCCGACACAGUGUUUCCGCGAGGACUACGCGUGUGAAGUGGACGGUGUGACAAAUGGUGUCCGAACUGAUAAACAAAAGCAUCCAAAACGUGAGCCCGACGGAUAGUAGAUAAGGAUACGUGUAACAGAGGCCACCUUGAAACAGCCAAAAGUGUGAAUCCUGCAGUGCGAGUCCCUUGGGAAAACAAAGGAGAAGUCCGUGAUAGUGCAACUUGAGGAAAGUGUCGAGCGAUCACUCAAGUGACACUCCCGUCUUCAGCUCCGCAGUGUAAAUUCUAGAAACUGAGCUGGAAUUCGAAAACGCUCAACCGCGCCGGAUAGAGGUUAACUCUCGCGAUCAGAUGACGACCUUCCGCGCUCGUUCCGACACUCGGUCGAGAUAAAUUGUACGGGGCACACGCGCGGUGUGUGCUCGUCCGUAUAGAGAAGUCCCAAAAUUCGGGCCCCGUACGGAGGAGGAUACGCGACGGUCGCGGCGGCGACGACGUCGUCGGCGAGUUCGACGGCGGCGAGGACCGUGGGCUGUGGCGGCGGCAUCGACGUUGUGUCUAAGGUGGAGCGUCCGGGCAGCACGACGACGCUCAAUUUCACGGAUCUGGGGAGCCCAUUCGGGGCGGGCGACCCCUGUCCGUCGAGUACCCCGACCCCGAACAGCAUGUCGGGCGGCGGUGGACCGACCGGUGGCGGCGGUGGUGGAGGCGGCGGUGGCGGUGGUGCCGCCGGUACCGGAGGCGCCGGCUCCGACAUGGAGCAGCAUCUUCAUCAUGCCGGCCUUGGCUCGGUGACGCCCGGUCCACCCGGCGGUAAUGGCGGAGACAGCACGACCUCCAGCACCCCGGUCUCCCAGAGUGGCAAAUCCGCCUUCAUCGAACUCCAGCACAACAACCUCUACAAUCCGGCGACUCUACGGAGCGGUUACCCAGGUGGACAUAAUGUACCUGGCGCGCAUCAGUUUUCGCAUCAGGUCGGCUCGCUGGCGGCGCAUCAAGGCUCCGGGCCCGGCAGCGGGAAUCAGCAGCACGCGGACGCGGGCUUUCCCAGUCCCAGAUCGCUCGCCGGAUAUCCGUUCGCGCCCAUGCACCAGCACAACGCCUACGGAUAUCACAUUGGAACGUACCCCCAGUGCCCCUCGCCGCCCAAGGACGGUGAGUACCCCAACUACCUCUCGCCAUUGGGUGAUAAAAGCGGAAGCCUCGUCGACGAGCUCGGCGGUGGUGGCGGUGGUUCCCUCAGGAACGGCAAGGGCAAGAAGAUGAGGAAACCGAGGACGAUUUACAGCAGCCUGCAAUUGCAACAGCUCAACAGGCGGUUUCAGAGAACGCAGUACCUCGCGCUACCGGAAAGAGCGGAGCUCGCGGCUAGCCUCGGACUCACGCAAACGCAGGUGAAAAUCUGGUUCCAAAACAGGAGGAGUAAAUACAAGAAGAUGAUGAAGGCAGCGCAACAAAGUGGGGGUGGCGGUGGUGGUCAGCAUGGCAGUCUUCUGGCAGGUGGAACCGCUCUACCCGGAGGACCAUCCCCUCAACCCGGUCAACCCGGAAGUCUUAUGCAAGGAGGGGGCGGAAGUUCUGUGUCGGGCAGCCCGACGACGGGUUACCUCGGCGGCAUGGGCGGCGGGGGCGGCGGUCACACCCCCGGGAGCUCGAGCCCCGGAAGCGAGAUGUCGCCUCAGCACAACGAGAGCCCACCGGCACCCUCCUGGCCGGGUGAGAUGAAGCAUCAUCCGCAUCCACACGCGCCGCCUCAUUCCCAUCAUCAUCCGCACACGGCCGGACAUCAUCCACCGCCACCGCCACCGCCGCCACAUCACGCGGGUUACAUGCCGCAGUACUCUUGGUAUCAGGCAGACCCUAACCCCGGAUUACUCACGGUAUGGCCAGCGGUUUAACGAAGAUGUCCCUUGAACUGACAAUGAGUUUAGGUGUGCCACUUCUUCGUGGCGUUGCGAACGUAUCCCAGCGGUCCCGCCCCAAAGUGUGAAUAUGUGUAGCACCUCUCGCGAGGAAAAUUGAAUGUUAAUAUUGUUUCUAAUCGUAUAAUGAAACCCGCAUGUCGAUCCGUGCGGGCCGUCCGUCGAAGUGAGAGCGAUUAUGAAUAGUGCGACGUCGUGUGUGAUACACGUCCCUUAGCAAAAUAUUAAUAAUACUAAUGAGACGAAAGGAAUGCAACCAAGAAUGCUAAUUGAUGAUGUUCUCGAAGCUGAUGAAGAGGACCGACGCCUGAGUUUCCAGCUAACGUGGAUUGUCGACAACGUAACGGGAAAUCGGAAGUCAUGAACGAUCCGUGCAUCGAGUGACUCUUGACUGAUUAGUGACGUUGUUUUGGUGCGCGCCGUUUUGUGCUGCGAAGAUGUUUCCUUCUCGAACCUUCUCUGGAAUCAUCGUAAGUUGGAGGAAGACAGGAACGACAUCGUCGUACGGUGAAGUAAAAAGUAACAUUGUAAAAAAGAAUGGUAAUAAUAAUGUAACAGCGAUUUACGAUGUGAAAUCGCCGAAAAUCUAUCCGUGACCGAGUUCUCUGAGAAUAACGUUGUUCAUUGAUGAUCUUGAAGUUCGAUUUACGAAUUGGAGGGUACUUGUAACGCUUCGCGUAUGAUUGAGUGAUUGCCACGACUGUAACGCUUUUCGUGUUUGACAAAUAAUCGUUGUCGCAAAAAUAAGAGAGUCGCGAGGAAUCUUUUUUCCUGGAAAAUAAAACUUCUCUAUAUGUCUGUUCGUGUCGACUGUCGUGAUUGCGUGCAUCGGAUCUAAUUUGAUUACUACGGUUAAUUAUAAUAAGCAGAGAGAUUGCCUCCAAGCAAUUGUUUUUAUUGUGAAAAUGUUGUUGUCCGCCGUUUGUCAAGCGUGGAAUUGCAUACCGAAUUUAAUCGUUAUGGUUAAUCAAAUAAAUGAAUUACGCGAUACAAUUGUUUCCUACGAAAAAGUAUUGAAUCAACGUUACCAUCAAUUACUACAAUUAGAUAUUAAUUGAUUUUAUUUCUACAUAUAUAUAUCAGAAACCUCACAUUUACA